CGGGGCAUGCCGGGAGCGGGGGGCUGAGGGGCGGCCGGGGUCCCGUCUGGCCUCCCCCGCUCUUGCGCGGGGCGAGCUCCCCGCUUCCAGCCCUCCCGCUCCCCGCACGGCCACCCCUCGGCGCGGGGCGUGAGACUCCCGGGAGGCGGCGGGAAGGGGCCGUGAGGGGCUCGCUCUCUGUCUCUCUCGCCGCCCCGCGCCUGCGAGGCGCUCCGCCUGAGGUGGCGGGUGCCGCGGGACCCCGCGAAGCACGGCGCGGCUCCCGCAGGGCUGAACGGCGGGCGCCGGCGGGCGGGGCCGCCGCCGUUGCCUGGUUGCGGCAGGCCCGGCCUUCCCCUCCCCGCCGCUCCGCUCCGCUGCCGGCCGCCGCGCAGGGAUGAAGGCCGCCGACUGGUGCCUGAGCUCGGCGGGGGCUGCCCUCGUCCUGGCCACCUCCAGCGACGAGCAGCACCCCGCCGAGAACGUAGCGGACGGAAGUUCGGAAACGUUUUGGACGACGACAGGCAUGUUCCCACAGGAGUUCAUUAUUGGUUUUCCUAAAUGUGUAAAAAUCAGCAAAGUCGCAAUCCAGUGUUAUUUGGUGCGGACCUUAAGGAUUGAAAGAAGUGUAUCUAAAGACCCAGUAGGUUUUGAGCAGUGUAUUGAAAAAGAUUUGCAACACACAGAAGGACAGCUUCAAAUGGAAGAAUUUCCACUUCCUGAUUUCCAAGCCACUUACUUGCGUUUCAUCAUCAAAUCUGCCUUUGAUCAUUUUGUAUCAGUGCACCGGGUGAUGGCAGAGGGCACAGCAGAAGACACUUAAGUCCAGCUUAAAUUUAUACCUCAAUUUUUUUUAUAAAGAAGUUACAUUGAUAUCUGUAGUGCAGAGAAUAUUUAUUAUUAAAAUUGUGCAUUAAAGUGUUUUUUGAAGGUAUGUAUUCCCCACCAGUUUAAUGUAUGUAAUAGAAUAGAAUCAUUUAGGUUGAAAAAGACUUUUAAGAUCAUCGAGUCGAACCGCAGCGCAGUACUUGAUAAUUGUAGUAACAGCUUUCUAGUUUUAUAACCUAGACUGUUAGCCUAGAACACUUGAACAUAACUGAGUCCAUUUAAAUUGAUAUGUUUAUAUCAGGCUUUCUUAAUACAUGAAUUAAAACUCGAUUUCCUGUAAAA